AUGGAAAAUUCAAGGCGUUCCCAGCAUUUUAGGGUGGCAGGGAAAGAGUUGGAGCGAUGCCAGCAGCAGGCGGAUGAGGUGACAGAAAUCAUGCGCAACAACUUCGACAAGGUCCUGGAGCGUGACGGGAAGCUGGUGGAGCUGCAGCAGCGUUCAGACCAACUCCUGGACAUGAGCUCAGCCUUCAGCAAGACAACCAAGACUCUGGCCCAGAAGAAGCGCUGGGAGAAUGCCCGGUGCCGGAUCUACGUGGGGCUGGCAGUGGGCAGUGCCCUGCUCAUCCUCCUGAUUGUGUUGCUGGCCAUCCUUCUCCCACAAAGCAGCAAGGACAGCAGCGCCCCACAGUCCCAGGAUGCAGGCCCUGCCUUGGGGCCUGGGGAAUGA